GGACGCACAGGAGUGGGACAGCGCGGGGGGACACGGGAGAUGGAGACACAGGACGUGAUCAGUGCAGCCGAGAUCAUCCGAGAUCGCUUAUAUUUUGCUUCCUUGAGAAACAAACCAAAAAGCACCAUCAAUACUCAUUACUUUUGUACAGACGAGGAGUUCGUGUAUGAGAAUUUCUAUGCAGAUUUUGGACCCCUGAACCUCGCUCUGCUCUUCAGAUACUGUUGUAAACUAAACAAAAAGCUUAAGUCAUUCAGUUUAUCUAGAAAGAAGAUUGUCCAUUACACAAGCUAUGAUCAGAAGAAAAGGGCGAACGCCGGAUUCUUGAUCGGCGCAUAUGCGGUUAUCUAUCUGAAGAAGACACCACAAGAAGCCUAUAGAGCGCUGCUGAGUGGUUCCAGUCCCCAGUACCUCCCCUUCAGGGAUGCAUCGUUUGGGAACUGCUCAUAUAACCUGACAAUCCUGCACUGUCUGCACGGGAUCCACAAGGCACUGCAGUGCGGCUUCUUUAACUUUGAAAACUUUGAUGUGGAUGAAUAUGAACACUAUGAGGAAGACAGCUGAGUAGGAAGCAGUUGGGACACAUCAGGACCUAAUAAGUAACUGCUGACAAUAUGCUCAGCUCAUGCCAUUCUCACCCUCUGUACAGGUUACCCUCUCCAUGCGCCGGAGGCAUACUUCCCAUACUUCAGGAAACACAAUGUCUCCAUCAUUAUCCGGCUGAACAAAAAGAUUUAUGAUUCCAAGCGAUUCAUUGAUGCCGGCUUUGAUCACUAUGACUUGUUCUUUGUUGAUGGGAGUACACCAAGUGACAGCAUUGUGCGGAGAUUCCUAAACUUAUGUGAAAGCACAGAGGGCGCCAUCGCUGUGCACUGCAAAGCUGGUCUUGGCAGGACGGGAACUCUGAUCGCCUGUUACAUCAUGAAACACUACAGAUUUACACAUGCUGAGGCUAUUGCAUGGAUCAGGAUAUGUCGGCCCGGCUCUAUUAUUGGACCUCAACAGCACUUCCUGGAAGAGAAGCAGCCCUGGUUGUGGCUACAAUGUGACCUGCACAAAAAUAAAUUAACUCAGAUUUAUCUCGAUGAUGCACCUGUGACCAGGAUCCUGUCUGACUUUGAGGAUUUAUCGGUCAGUGGCAGACUAUCACGCCACAGCAGUGUGGACCGAGUUAGAGAGAAUAACUCUGACGAUGAGCAGGAACAGAGGAAUGGUCUGACUCAGGGAGACAAACUUCGUGCUUUAAAGAGCAGGAGACAGCCACGCUCUGCAACCACCGGGGCUCUGCGACUUGACGACAUGAAAGCGCACGUACGGUCCUCAUCGCAGCCAUUCAGAGUAAUCCCUUCCAGCAGUGCACAAGGCUCACGGUCUCCACUCAAGUCAUCCAGAGUGUCCACAUCACCUGUUGUAAGGAAGGCUACGACCAGUCCGACAUCCCACAGCAACAAGGGGAGAGGUCUCACUGUUAAUUCACGGAUUGCUGGUUCCCUUGGAAACCUGAAUUUGGCUACAGAAGAGGUAGACAACAGUCACAACGUUUCUCCCUCCCACCCCAGCUACUCCCUAGCACUCCCCUCCAGCCCAUACCCCUCCUAUCCUCGGGGCCGGAGCUACGGUGAGGUGAACAACAACCAGAACGUCUCAGACACGGGAAAUGGCUCAUAUAGAUCAUUCCGACCCUCAUACCCCAGCCUGUCCUCAAAUGCACGUUACCUGAGCCGUUCCAUUCCUUCUCUUCAGUGCGAGUCUGUUCAGUACUAGUGGAACUCCUGCACCUGUUAACCCUUUCCGAGCUGCUAUUCCCCUGUUGUGGAAGAGAGGGGUGUAAUAUGGAGGAGGAGCUCACAUCCUGGUGCUCUGGAAUCUCUCAGUACUGGAGGUGGCGUCUGACCGCUGAUUUCUUUUAUCUUUUGUACUAUGUGGGGGGAUUAGAAGAUCUGUACUAUAUUUUAUCUUUGUUUUAUCUGAUAUAUUUUCACACUAGGAAGUUGUUGUUACUGACAAACAAAUUAUUUAUUUUUAUAAUAAUGUCGGCAGAUUCAGUAUUUUCUUGAACAAUCUAUUAGAAUAUUUAAAUGGCUACAAUGAGAUACAAUGGGAAAUUCAUGCAGAUUUGCAAGUUUUGACACUGGAAAAAACUGUUUAGUGUGAAGUGUUUUAUAUUCAACAAAUGAUCUACUUGUAUUUUAUAGCUGUUUUUAUUUUUAUAAAGAGACCUGUAAUACGUCUUUGUAGUGUCUGACGUGUGACCAACGUAUGGGGGUCGUCUCCAGUGCCAGAAUAUAGAUCAUGGUGCACACUGAACAGUGAAUUUCAUGCAAUAAAUCCCUAAUGAUCAGUAUAUGCAGUUAAUAAUUAUGUUUAUAUGUUAUUGUAGCUUUUAUCUUACAUUACUUUUGUUAUCACGUUUUAUUUAUAUCGGGUUAUAUCACUAUUGUGCCCGUACGCUGCGUAAAGAGCAAUAAUGUUACUAUGCAAGUACUAUGUAAACCAGCCAGACCAUGCCGGUCAGCACUCAGUCAUCACGGCAUCAGAAGCGGGCAUAAAACCAGCCAGACCAUGCCGGUCAGCACUCAGUCAUCACGGCAUCAGAAGCGGGCAUAAAACCAGCCAGACCAUGCCGGUCAGCACUCAGUCAUCACGGCAUCAGAAGCGGGCAUAAAACCAGCUGGGCUGUAGGUGCUGUUUGUGCACCACAUUUGGCUGCUUAUUCUGGUAAUUCUACACUAAAUCAUGUUUGUUUUUUCUAUUACAAAUAACUAUUUUAAUAAAACUUGUCAAAUAAAA